GGCUCCACCCGGAGCAGCACCGCGUCGUGAGGGUGCGGGAGGGCGCCCGCCCUCGGGGCUUCCCCGACACGUACCGGCUGUUCGGCCACGUCCCGGACGGGCAGCGGCAGGUUGGCACCUAAUACCUGCUCAUUAAAUACCUGCUGAGAAAACAAACAACUUUAUGGGAGAGUCUGUGAGCUGCAAAAUCCUUCUGAAAUAUAUAAAAGUGGGAGCAGGUAUUGGAUUUGGAGGAAACAUGUCCAACUCCCCGCCCUGGAAGAGCCCACCGCUUCCCCUAGAAUCCACCUAUGAGUCCAGCUCAACACCUGGCAGGUGUUUGAGGGCUCCUGUGUCUACAUUUCCACAGACAACUCUUCUGGAGUCAGGCCAAGGCUUCCCUGCACAGGAGGACACUCACCUAGUCACUAUCAAUAGCCAAACAGAACAGCACAGCGGGAUCAAAAGCUGCCCCAGGAUAACCCCGGGAAGAUGUUCUGCCUGCCGAUGACCCUGAUGCUGCUUCUGUUGUCCUGCUCCUUGGUGCAGUCCUGACUGGAGAUGGCUAUGUUGCAUUGCCUCAGAACGUACAGAUGGGCUGCAUGAGACCUGGAAAACAACCAGAACAUUAUUUCAACAGUUUCCUGCUUCGGAUGCCUUGCAUGAAUAACUCCAGAGGAAGAAUCGGAUUGAUCCAUGUUAAGGUACAGUCUUCAUGCAGGGAGCCAACCUCUCAGCAGUGACUGAAUUCAUCCCCGUCGGCUUCUCCACCUUCACCCACCUUCAGCUGAUGUUCUUCCUGCUCUUCCUGCCGAUGUACCUGUUCACGCUGCUGGGGAACCUGCUCAUCAUGGCCACCAUCUGGAGCGAGCCCCGCCUCCACACGCCCAUGUACCUCUUCCUGUGCGCCCUCUCCAUCUCCGAGGUCCUCUACACCUUUGCCAUCAUCCCGCGCAUGCUGGCCGACCUGCUCUCCACCCACCACACCAUCGCCCUCAUGGCCUGUGCCAGCCAGAUGUUCUUCUCCUUCACGUUUGGCUUCACCCACUCCUUCCUGCUCACCGUCAUGGGCUACGACCGCUAUGUGGCCAUCUGCCACCCCCUGCGCUACAAUGUGCUCAUGAGUCCCCGUGGCUGUGCCUGCCUGGUGGCCUGGUCCUGGGCUGGAGGCUCAGUCAUGGGGCUAGUGGUGACAUCUGCCAUUUUCUACCUCACCUUUUGUGGACCCAGUGAGGUCGGCCAUUUUGCUUGUCAUGUGCCCCCACUAUUGAAGUUGGCCUGUGAUACUGAUGUACAAGUAGUGGCCAUGGGCGUGGGCCUGGUGUGUAUCACUGCCCUGCUGGGUUGCUGUCUCCUCAUCCUCCUCUCUUAUGCCUUCAUCGUGGCCGCCAUCUUGAGGAUCCCCUCAGCCGAGGGCUGGCACAAGGCCUUCUCCACGUGUGCGUCCCACCUCACCGUGGUGGUCGUGCACUAUGGCUUUGCCUCUGUCAUCUACCUCAAGCCCAAGGGUCCCCAGUCUCUGGAAGGAGACACCCUGAUGGGCACCACCUACACAGUCCUCACUCCCUUCCUCAGCCCCAUCAUCUUCAGCCUCAGGAACAAGGAGCUGAAGAAUGCCAUGAAAAAGACCUUCCUUAGCAAACUCUACCCAGAAAAAAUGUGAUUAUCUGGGAGGAAUUCCUUGGAAAUAGCUAAAUUGGGUUACCACAUGCUACCUUUAGAGAUGACACCCUGUAAGCAUGUAAUAACCUAUAUUUGUCUGAUGCUUUAUGGUUUACAAGGACCCUGUAGGCAACGUCCAAAUGUUUGCAAAGUGGUUAAACAGCCUCAUGAAUGUAUUCAGGGUGGAAAGAUGUAUGAGUUGAUAACACAUAGAAAGUCAGAUUCAUUGAUUAUCUGUUGCAGGACAUUUUGUCAGAUAGCCUUAAACCAGGAAUCUGUUCUUCUCCUGCCAGAAACCAGGGUGGUCUAAUUACUCCCAUCACCAUCAACCCAUACGGCAAAGAGAAAUGCAAUAGUUCAGGCCUCCACCCUCCUCUAGGCAGCAACAGGUAGUUACAACUCAACUUCUGUGAGGCUACGGAAGACUAAGCCAGAUUACAGCAGAGGACAGCAAAACACCCUAAAUUUCAGCAUUGUGCGUAUCUGUAAUAAGCAGACUCAGAAAAUGUUGAAGAUACCUCCACGUUUCAAGUGUGAAUCUUGAGCAGCUGCAGAGAGACAGAGAAGUCUCUAUAGUUAGGUCAAGGAAAGAAAUCUCACGGUGAGAAAUCACCUGCUGUGUUAGAAAGUGACUUGGCACAUAGGCCAGUGGGUAACUGUUUGUUGAACGGCAAUAAUGAGUGCAGAGCCCAGAAUGAAGGUGUAUCCAAUGGUCAUACUGAUUUAAUGAUCCCCCAUGGGAGUGAGGGGGGAUUUAAGGUUGACCAUACUCAAUAUUACCUAUAAUUUGUUGAAAAUCCAUGUAUUCAAGAGAAUGGCAGAUACUGUAUGAUAUCUCUUAUAAAUGGAAUCUUAAAAAGGUAAACUUGUAAAAACAGAGAGUAGA